AUGGUUGGAUUAUACAGAGCAUUGAUUCAUCAUAGCAUAAUUAGUGCUAGUCCGCCGGUUAUGCCGAUCAGCUCCUUGGUCACGGAUUCAGGUAAUCGGGACUUGAACCGAAUAGAACAGCUUGUUCCGGAACAUAUUUGUUAUAAAAUUGCUGAUGUCUGCCCUCCCAAUUCGGCAUUUGGCGAAGAAAAACCAGGUUGGAGAUGGGAGCUGAAUCACAACUUUACGAUUAGAUCGGUGUAUAAGGUACUGCUUUCGUCGAUGCCAAACGAUAAUGGGGUACAUUGGAGCAAUGUUUGGUCGCUGAAUGUUCUGCAGCGAAUUCGAACAUUCUUGUGGUUAGUUGUUCAUGGAAGACUAUUAACGAAUGAUGAAAGAUUCAUGAGGCAUAUGGCUACAUCUAAUAGUUGCGAGCUUUGUCACAACGAGGUUGAAGAUAUUUGGAAGAGACGGUGUAGUAUUCUUCUCCAACCAAACAACGUGGACAAGGUAAACCUGCUGCUGGAAUGUUUUCAGCUCAAAAAUGAGAUCAUUGCUUCUCGAGGUAAUGAAGAUGGGCAUCAUAGACUACAAAGGCAAGUAACCUGGUGGCAGAAGCCUCCUGUCGGGUGGGUUAAAGGAAAUUCUGAUGGAGCCAUGGAUUGCUUGUCCAAAAUGGCUACUGCAGGUGGGCUCUAA